AUGUAUUACCCUUUUCAUGAUGAAGGAGAAUGGGAGAUGGCAAAGUUCUUGGUUGAAAACUUAACUCAAGCUCAGAUUGACAAGUUUUUAAAGUUAAAAUGGUUUCACACUCGCCCAAAACCAUCCUUCACCUCCAAGGAGCAACUUCUAGAUUGGACCGAUGCACUACCCUCCUUUGUGCCAUGGAAAGUUUCGAACCUAGAGUUUACAGGCUACAAGACGACUUAUCCCGUGCAACUUAUUUGGCGCAAUGCUCUAGAGGUUGUCAAACAACUUUUCAGCGAUCCGGUUUUCGCCAAUCACAUUACCUUCCAGCCACAUGUAAAAAUCCAGGACUAUCUGCCAGUAGGUGCUACGCAAGUACCUAUCAUCCUGGGAUCCGAUAAGACUCCUGUCACGCGGAUUACUGGAGGGCUCGAGAUGCACCCACUUUUCAUCACCAUCGGUAACAUUGAUUCGGAGGUUCACUCCAAGGCCACCCUGCAAGCUUGGCGCUGUAUCGCUUUCAGUGAUGGCUGUUUUAUGCCUGAUCCUUCCCAAUAUAUUCGAUACAUCUUUACACCACUCAUCGCCCAUGUAUGUGACCUUCCCGAGGCCUCCAUGAUUGCUGCAGUCAGCAAGAAUGUCUCUCCAAUCACUAUGGUGACACAAGACAAAUUCGGUGACGGAAUUCUCUAUCCUCCUUGCACUGGGAAGCACACACUACAACUUAUACACGAGAUCGCCAAAGAGAUUGAUCCUUGGGAUCUCGACAAAUUUCAGAAGGCAGCAAAAGCUGCCCAUCUGUCUGGGGUCCACAUGCCAUAUUGGCUUGAUUGGUCGUUUUCGUGUCCAUCCGUCUUUCUCCCUGGCGAAGUUUUACAUACCCUUCAUAAGUUUUUUGCAGAUCAUCCACUCAAAUGGAUCAAGGAGAUAGUAGGAAAAACCGAGCUCGACACCCACUUCAUCACUCAGCACAAAUGGGUAGGGACGCACCACUUUACUAAAGGCAUCACACACGUCAACCAAAUGACUGGGUGUGAGCAUCGUCAUAUUCAACGCACCAUUGUUGCUUCAAUCUCAGGUGCUGCUCCACCUAGAUUUGUUCGCGCAAUCUGCGCUCUCAUAGAUUUUUUCUAUUAUGCUCAAAAUCCAGUCCAUUCUCCCGAAUCCUUACAGUCGAUGGUGCAGGCACUCUCCGAUUUUCAUGCAUUCAAGGAUGCUAUCGUCGAGGCCGAGGCGAGGAGGGGGAAGAAGGGCGCCAAAGAAGACUUUUUCAUCCCCAAGCUCGAGUUACUCCAAAGCUUCAGAGGCACAAUUGAGAGACUGGGUACUUUGAUGCAGUUUUUAGCCGACAUGACGGAGCGCUUGCUCAUCACUCACUGCAAGGAUCUCUUUGCCCGAACAAGUCGACGAGUGAAUGAUUUCACGGAGCAGUGUGUACGGAUUCUCAAUCGCCAGGAGUCAAUGGAAUUGUUCAACCUGUAUGCGCUAAUCACUUCCCAUGGCGCAUCGCUCGUCAACGCCAUAAACCUUGAAGAUGAGGAAGUGACGACCGUCAACCCAGCACUCUCCUGGAUUUCUCAUAUACUCCCUGAUGAAGCAUAUUCUGUCCAUGGACCUCGAUGA